CAUGAACACUGGUUAUUACCUGAAACAUAGUUUGUCGGUAGUGUGUAGGAACAGGACAUGCACCACUGGGAACUAAUUCUAUGUGAUAAAGAUGCAGAUUUCAUUUUUGAAAAUCGGAGAUGAGUUUGCAUCGUUUGGCUUUCCUGCUGCAAAUAUUAUUCUUUGUGCCGGGACAGACACGCUUGAAGGACAUUUACAUCCUAGGUUUAUUUCCCAUGGACGGCGAUUACGCAGGGGGAAAGGGUAUUAAACCGGCAGUUGACGUAACUAUGUCUUAUGUCAACAGCGAUUCAAAUGUUCUUCCGGGAUAUAGACUCAAUAUGAAAUGGAAUGACACAAAGUGUCAUGCAGGAUAUGGCAUCAAGAUUCUCGCAUACAGGAUGUGCAGCAGCACAACGUUCAUCAUGAUUCUAGGGGACGGGUGUUCAUCUGUUUGUAAGGUCAUGGCGAGUGUAUCACAUGUAUGGAAUUUGGUUCAGGUUUCGUACUCUGCAUCAUCAUUAGCUCUGUCAGAUGAUGAAAAGUUUCCUUUCUUUUUUCGAGUCGUCCCUUCAGAAAAACAGCUGAAUUAUGCUCGUGUUGCUCUUGUGAAGUAUUUUAAAUGGACCAAGGUUGUGGCCGUAUAUCAAACCAAGGCAGUUUUUGUAGAGCUGAUCCAUAAUAUUGAAGAAAUGUUGAAACUGGAAAACAUUACAAUCAUUGCAAAGUUUGAGCUCUCUGAAAACCCCAAAAGCCAAGUCCUCGAUCUAAAGGAAGCCGAUGCAAGAAUUAUAAUCGCUGCUUUUUUUGAAGAUGUGGCUAGAAAUUUUUUUUGUGAGGCAUUUAAAAUCAGAUUCAGUGGACCAAGAAUUGUCUGGGUGAUGCCAUCUUUCUACUUAAUAAAUUGGUGGAAAAUAAAUGAUACUGACUGUACUGGUAAUGAAAUACUGUCGACCGUCGGUGACUACUUAUCUGUUGACCCUUACAUUAAGUCAGACUUCGCCUAUCAGGAUGACAACGGCAUCACAUUAAAACAAUUCAUGGACGACUACAAUGUGAAAACCAACAAUACAAUUUAUCCAGGUGCCUUACUUGCAUUGGCUGGUUAUGAUUCAGUAUGGGUUAUUGCCCGUGCACUCAAUGCUACACUCGCUGAUCUUAAAAAUACAGGACUUGGACUUGAAUCUUUUUCCUACACCAAUAAUGAUAUGGGCAUCUUAUUAAAGAACAAUAUGAAGAAAGUUAAGUUCAAUUCACUAUCGGGCCAUGUGUCAUUUUAUGAAAAUGGAGAUAGCACAAACGUCAUGACGCUUGAACAGUUCCAAGAUGGAAAAUUAGUGACAUUCGGUUGGUACAAUGCACUUGCGGAUAAGGGUAAGAAGUUGACCUGGAAUAAGUCUGUAAUUGUGAGAUGGGUGAAUGGAAUGGUGCCAUGGGAUUCUGUGCAAACGCGCAUGUUCACGAGUUCAGUGAUUAUGCCUCUCUAUAUCAGCAUGUGUGUGUUUGCUGGAAUUGGAAUCCUCUUGUCGGUGUUUUUUUUAGCCUUCAAUAUCAAAUUUAAAACAGCAAGAAUCAUUAACAUGUCGUCACCUAACAUCAACAAUCUUAUUUUGUUUGGCUGCAUUACAGUGUACACUUAUGUGUUUGUACAUGGACUUGAUAUCAGUCAGUUUCCUAUAGCAUGUCAGGCAAAAGGCUACUUGAUCGUCAUAGGAUUCUCUUUGGUGUUUGGUUCAUUGUUUGCAAAGACAUGGCGAGUAUAUGUCAUCUUCAUUGCUAGUAAGAAGUUGCGAAGACGGGCACCUAAGGAUGUCCACCUGCUUAUGAAAAUUGGUGCAUACAGUGCUCUUAAUGCAGGCAUUGUGGUGUUGUGGACAGUGGCUGAUCCUAGCUACCCUUUAAAAAAGCAACUUGAUCACCAGAAAGUGUACGAUGAAGUCAAUGAUGUAUUCGAGAUCCCAGUAAUAUGGAGCUGCACGUCUGAGUAUUUCAGGCACUUCAACGUGGUUCUCCUCGGUAUUCAACUGAUCCUCCUCUUGUUCGGGGCCUUCUUGACUUUCACCACCAGAAAGGUGAACACUCCAGUACUGAACGAUUCCAAAGCAAUUGGAAUGUGCAUCUACAAUGUGAUUGUACUAGCUGCUGUAGCGUUACUGUUCUCAGAAAUACUAGAAGAUGACAUUAACAUCGCGUAUGGCAUCAAUUGUAUCCUCAUCAUUGGUGGAACUACAGUUACGCAGUGUCUUAUAUUUAUUCCAAAAAUGUUACAAUCAAAGGACUAUAUACUUGGAGACGAGGGCCAAACCUGUGCUUCACCUGCUACAAGCAAGUACACAACACGCACUAUGACUUGUAACAUUACAAGUAAAAAUGUAUGAGACUUACAUUAUCCAUGUGCUUUUGACUCUUGUCGUUUUUUGGUAGUCAACAGAUUCAAUAAUAGCUAUUAGAAACAGUUCUAUGGACAGAACAUAAAACAACAUAUACUAAAUGAUACUUUAAAAAGUGCAUAUGGCUACCAAUAUGGCAGUUAAAAACCUGCUUUGAAGUUUUAUUUACCAUUAUGCUAAUUAGGUGGUUGUCGUAUAGUUAUCAUGAGUGAAACAACAAAGAAAUGACCAUAUUAUAAGGAUCACGUAAAACUUAUCAUUCUGAAACUGCUAAGUUGGACGAUAUUUCACUUUUUCUUAUUUAAUAAGUUAUCUGAAACGUCUAAUUCUUAAGCCGACCACCAGUCUAUUCUUGAACGCUUUAUAUUAAUACUGCAUCGUAUAACCUUGCGGUAUGGGUUUUGAAAUGGAUAAGCAACAAUUUCGUAUAGUGCAGAAAUAACGAUGUUUUUCGUGUUAUUAUUGACUAAGACAUAACCUAAUGUAUAUAUAUAUGAUUAUGUUAUAAACAUUAAAUUCAAUAUAUAUUUCGAUUUUUAGCUUUAUUAUUAUGUAUAUUGUAAUAUUCUAACCUUUUUGAGGUGGUAUGACUUGUUAAGCAAAACAUCCAGAUAUCUUCGGAAUGACCGAUAUUCUAGAAAAAUUACCCUAAACAAAUGGAAACGAUGUGUGGUGGUCUAUUAAAUAUUUCCACGAGACAUUUCAUAUUCAAACAAUGUUAUAGUAAGAUGUAAUAUACACUUGAACGUCAAUUAAUCACGAUCAAGUAUAAUCGGAUGCAGAAGGGCUGGUGACUCAUUGAGACGUCGAUAGAAAUAGCACACACUUUCAGUUUUACACCAACUUUUGAGUUUUCACGUUUUCUGAUAAUUGCAUUAAAGAUCCUCGUUAUAAACUCGGAAACCCACAUUGAUAUGCUUUAAUACAUCUUAGCAUGUUAUAGUAAUACGUUCAUAGAUAAACAUUAGAUAUUUUUUUCAGUGUCGCAUUAAAACCAACUUGCGUUUUCAAAGUAUGUCAGUAUAUUUAUACGCUGUGCGUGCGUGCGCGCACGUGCGUGUGUGUGUGUGUGAUAAUAUUGGAUAUUUUUUAAAACCCUUUUCAUCACUUUGAUUACAGAAAUGAAAAUUAUUUCAGAAAACGUUUAAUAUUGUGCUUCACAAUAUAAGCCACCUAUAAAUUAUUUCACCUUUUCCUAGUCGUAUGUGAAAUUAACAUGUUUUAUAAUUAUUCAUAUAUGGUGUGUUUAGUGUGCCUAGUCUUUAUUUAUCGAUUAUAGAUUAUAUAUAUAUAUAUAAACUUUGUUCUUUUAUUAAGUUUGUUUGUUAGGUGGAAGUCAUGUAUGUUGUUGUUGGUUGGUUUUUUGUUAGAAUAUAUUAUUAC